CUCAUUUGAAUCUCGGACUCAACCUUCGAUUUAUUAUAUAAAAGCAACUUUUUGAUAUCAUAAUUGUCCACUUGUGUGAAGAAAGUUGACAAUGAAAACUCUGCUGGUGUUCACAAUUACAUUUUUGGCUUUCACCUCAGGAGCCGAGAAAACACAAUUGAAAAAAGAAAAAAGAAAUUCAUUAAUAUUCGAUUCUGGAAAUCAUUUUAUCACAGGUUCAGAAUUUCCUCAACCAGCAUUUCCUUUCGAGUCGGCCAGUGGUUCCAUCUCACAUGACUUCGGGACCGGUUUUGAUUCAGCUGAUCUCAAUUUAGGAUCCCUACGAUCCAACAUAGGCUCUUUUCCUUCCAGCAUUGGGUCUUUUCCAUCGAACGUUGCUUCUUUUCCCUCUAAUAUUGGAUCCCUCAGCUCCAGUGGAGGCAGUUUUGGCUUCAAUAGUUUAGGUAUAAGUGGCAGUUCAUUAUUGCCCUCUCCAGCUGUCCCUUCUUAUAGUUUUGGAAUUCCAACAAAUUCUUAUAAUUUGCCUUACCAUUCUUAUGGUGUUCCAUUUGCACGUCAUUAUGGAAACUACGGCUAUGGACAAUUGGGCAAUGGGUGGAAUUACGGUUCAGGUUUCAUCGCUUCGAUCCCACGUAUCCGUACCAUCAACCAACAUGUAGCAGUACCAGUACCACAACCAGUUCCAGUAACUGUUACCAAAACUAUACCAGUACCAACUCCCCUCAAAGUAACUGUACCAAAGCCAUAUGCAGUACCUGUGCAAGUGAAAGUACCGGUAUCGAUACCAAAGCCCUACGAAGUCAAAGUAGAUCGUAAGGUUCCUGUUCCGGUUACCGUCAAGGUACCUAUAGAGAUCCCCAAGCCUUAUCCAGUCUACAAAACUAAAAAAGUAAAAAUUGAAGUCGAGAAACCCGUUUUCGUUAAAGAACCUGUUGAAAUCAAGGUACCAAUACCAAAACCCUACCCAGUUGAAAUACCCACUGGCGUUCAAGUGAAGGUGCCCUAUCCAGUAGUCGUUAAAGUACCGCAAUUUGGAGAACAGUGGAGUGGAAUAGGAUCGUUUGAGAAUAUUGGAAACACGUUUCCAGCUCAAACGUUAUCUUCUUUCGGAGGAAGUUUUGGUGAUCUGAGCAGUCUAUAUGGGAUUGAAGACUUCAGUGGUCUGUACGGAAUAAACGAUAUCUACGGUGUGAACGGUAUAUAUGGUACAAACAAUAUCUUCGGUAUAAACGGUAUUUAUGGUAAUCCGAUCGGUGGUACAUUCGACUCAUCCAUUUUCGAAAUCAGCACCAAUCCACCGCAAAUCAAUUUUGAGCAUCAUGAGACCACCACUUCACCUGGAGUGGUGGAUCACGAAAAUGAGUCUGUAUCAGUGGAAGCAAGAAGCGGAGAUUUGAAAUCUACAGAGAAGCCAAUUUACUCCACAACAAGUAAACCCCUUGGAGAGAGUCGAUCUGAAGAGUCACCUCAUCUAGAUCAAUUUUCUGAGAAAGAAGACAAAGAUGAGAUUCCACUCAUAGAAAACAAUUCAAUUUCAAGUUCAACUACUGGAAAAUCAAUUGAUUAGGAGAAUAAUGAUGAAAAUCGCUAGCUGUUGAAUAGACUAAGAUUUCAAUAUAUCAGAAGAAUAAUAUAUAUUAAUUCAACAAAUUAUAUGCACCGUUGAAAUAUUUAAUAUAUUCGUUCCAUCAGAAUGAUUGAUUCAGAAAGGGUAUUCCAUUAAAAGUUGCUGAAAAAAUAAUGUAACAUGCUUUCUGAACUUUUGGCGAAUAUCAUGCACAGUAAAAUUCAUUAGCUCAAAUCCUGAAAAGUAUCUUUGGUUGAUCAUCAGAACGGAAGUGUACCUACUCUUAUGAAUAUUUCAGUAUUUCCAUAAAAUUUAUUAUCAUCUUCAAGGAAAAGUUACAAGAAGUUAUAUGAUAACAGUAA